AUGGCGGCGGGCGGGGGUUGACGGAGGAGAAGGAGGAGGAUGAUGGAGGAGGCGGCGAUGGCCCUGCGGGAGCUCCGUGUGCUCCUGGUGCCCCGCUCCCUGGAGCCGCGGGGAGCUCCACGGGACGCAGCCCGGGUGCGGCUGAGCAGGGCCCAGGACGCUCUGGGCACGCUCCUGGCCACCGGCGGCAUCUCCGUGGAGCCGCUGGCGGCGGGCGGCGCCGGGCGGGCCCUGGGCACGGCCCUGCCGGGGGACUGGGCUGACUUCAUGUGGGAGAACACAGAAGAUGAUGGUUUGCAAGAAAACAAGUCAAAACUCCUGGCUCUUGGACAAAGUCAUGGACUGUUUGUCUAUGAACUCUCUGUAGAAGAUGGAAAGUCCAGCCUAACCUCCCUGCACAGUUGUAAGGAAGAGACACUUAAAAAGCUCCUUGAAGUUAAAAACAUUAGUCUACCUUCAGUUUUCUCUGUGAAGAUUCUGUCUUUCGGAAACAACAAGUGCAAACUUCUGCUCAACCAGUUCAUCCUUGUGCAUCUGACCUUUCCUGGGGAAGACUCACCCUCAGAGACCUGUGACUGCUUCACCCUGGAUUUGCCUCCAGAGGUUUUGGGGAGAAUAACAGAUUCCUGCUUCUGCAGAGGGAUCCUGUUCCUGUUGGACAGUGCUGGCUGGAUUUACAUAUUUGACUCUUUUGAUGGUGCCAGCCUAGGCAGGAUCAGUGUAGCCCUGUACCAGGGAGGGGGGCAGGCUGGGGGCAGGAGCCCAGCCCUGCCAUCCCCACUCAGUGCCCUGAGGGUGUCCCAGGAUCUCAGCGUGGCCGUGGUGCUCAGUGCUGCCCACUGUGCCCUCUCCGUGGAGCUCAACAGCUACUUCAGGCAGUUCCCUGAGCAUUUGCUCUGUAAGAGAGAUCCUGAAAGUCUUUGCAUGGAGCCUCCUGAAGGAGUGGAUGAGGAUGACCUUGCCAGUUCUGAGCACAGCAUGGAGCUCCUGCCCUCACCCUUCCGCACAGACAGGUCCUGGAAGGCACACUUGUCCUCACUGUGGGACAGAGUAAGAAGAAGAAGACCAGGUUCUCCAGAUCUGGGGAAUGACUUGAAUUUACCUUGGUAUCAGUUUUUUACCCACCUUGAAGAUCAUGAUCCUGACAUUUAUGAGGAUCCAGAGAAGAUGGUGGCCUUUGUUCCACGGGCUGUUACCUGGGCAGCUUCCAGAGCCCUCCAGAGCCACGGCACAGACCUCAGGGCUGCGGGACAGCAGUGGACACAGAUCCCUGGGGCAGCACCACAAGAAGUGGUGAAACUGGAGUGCAAACUGGUCACUGGAGCUACAGCUGUGUUUGUGGUGGUGACAAAGGACAUGGGGUUGUCUCUUGCUCUCUGGGAUUUUGAGUCCCAAGACGUGACGUGUUCCCACUUCGGCACAAACAGUGUUUACGUGGAGUGCAGUGCAGAGGUGCCACUGUGCCUGCUGCUCACAGAGCGUGGUCUGUCCUUAGUUCUGUUUGGUGUGACCCAAGAGGAGUUUUUGAACAGGCUGAUGAUGUUUGGCAGUGCUGGAGUCGUGGAUUCCGUUUGUCACCUCAAUGGAUGGGAGCGAUGUUCCAUUCCCAUCCAUGCCCUGGAGGCAGGUUUGGAAAAUCGCCAGCUGGACACAGUGGACUUAUUUUUAAAAAGCAAAGAAAGUGUUUUCAGCCUCUCUGCUCCCUGCUCUGGGCCUGGGCAGUGCAGUGAUGGUGCGUCCCAGACCUACCUGAGAAAUUUGGAAGAACUCAGGCCAGCUUUAAACUUGCUUUGCUCAGCAAUCCAAGAGAAUGAUAUGGAGCCUCACAGCAAACACUUCUCUGAGCAGCUCCUGAACCUCACCCUGACUUUCCUUACCAGGCAACUGGAAGAAAUCUUUGUGCACACAGAGGAACCCGAUGAGUUCCUGCAGAAGGCUGCAGAUAUUCUGACUGAUUACAUUAUUCAACUGAGGAAAUUCCUGAGAAAAUAUCCUCGCCCGCAAAUCAAUCCAGUGCACACAGGAGAUGAUCUGGAUGAAGACCUGCCUGAGAUAGAAGAAAGCCAUGUGUGGGAAAAACUGACACCAGAGGAGGUCAUUGCUGAGGCCAUCUUAAGCAACAAAAUGCCAGAGGCCCAGAUCUUCUUCCGAAUGCAUCAACAUCCUGCUGAGAACCUGCAGGAAUUUCUUCAGGCAGGUUUGAGUCUGGUCUAUGACCGUCUGCUGAAGGACAACACCAGAGAGGCCUCAGAGCUGCUCAGAAAUAUGGGCUUCGAUGUGAAGCAGGAAUUGCACAAGAUCUGUUUCUACACAGAGGACAGACACGUCAGAGAUCUGCUGGUGAAAGUUUUACGGGAAGAAAAUUAUUUUUCUGAAAAAGAGAAGAAAAUGAUAGACUUUGUGCAUCAGGUUGAAAGCUUUUACUCGGAAUCCUUCCAGGAAAAUAAAGAGAUUCAGUCUCUUGCCAGGUUCAGUGACUGGAGGAAGGACCAGGACCUCUGCAGACACACAGCAGUGCUGGACUCGGUGCUGGGCUGGGACAGACACAGGGCCCCCAGCAGGAGACUCCGGGUCAUGUUGGACUGGGCUCAGUGGUGGGAUGAGCCCAUGCAGGAGAUGAUUCUUCUCCCCAGGAAACCACGCCAAGAGCUCAAGACAUGCAGUCCUGAGGUGCUUUGGAUGCACUUGACAGCCCAGCACGAUUGGCUGAGUGUUUGUUCUUGGAUUGAGGAGUCAGAGCCUGGCCAGGCUCCGUGUGGAGCAGCUGCCUGGCCCCCUCUGACUGCAGACAUGGUUGACCAGAACACUCUGUGCAGCAGCUACAUGAGACAUGAGAUCCUCAACAAGCUGGCCAGAAAUGGAAUUUUUGUCCGUUCUGAGCUGGAGGAUUUUGAGCUCCUGCUCCAAAGACUGUCCUGCCUUGGGGGAGUCCUGCAAAAUCCUCACCCUGUCCCAGAAUACAGCUCUGCUGGUGGCUUGGACUUCCAUGCUCAGUUUGUCCUCCACUGCUUACAGCACAAUUUGCAGUACCUGUUAUACACCUACCUGGACUAUUACAGCUUAACCCCUUCAAAUUGCCCUAUUUUGGAUAACAAGGAGCUGCACGAAGCACAUCCCUGGUUUGAGUUCCUGGUGCAGUGCCGAGGGGUUGCCAGUAAUCCCCGAGAUCCAAGGAUGAUUUUCCAGGCGAGUCUGGCAAACGCUCAGAUCCUGAUUCCCAGCAACCAGGCCAGUGUGAGCAGCAUCCUGCUGGAGGGCAGGACCCUGCUGGCCCUGGCCACCACCAUGUACUGCCCUGGGGGCAUUGACCAGGUUCUUCAGAAUGAAGAUACAGAAAAACCCCUAAAGAAAGUUGAUCCACAGCUCUUAAAAAUGGCCUUGACCCCUUACCCCAAACUCAAGGCUGCUCUCUUUCCCUCCUGUACUGCUCAUGGAAUUUUGCCACCUGACAUCUCUCUCUACCACCUUCUUCAGUCAUUAGUUCCCUUUGAUCCCUUGAAAUUAUUUGGCUGGCAGUCCACAAACACUCUUGCUGCAUCAGAUGCCCCCAGUGAGCUGCCCCACUUCUCUGACCCCGCGCUGGUGCGCAGGCACGCGGUGCUGGAGAGCCUGGACUUCCUCUGGUACCUGCACCACGGGCGGCCCUCCUUCGCCUUCGGGACGUUCCUGGCGCAGCAGCUGGUGAAGAGCAAAACCCCCAAACAGCUGAUCCAGCAGGCAGGGAAGGAGGCCCAUGUUUUAGCCCUGUCCUCCUUUGGAGCCCCUGCAGUCGGAGCAGCCUGUGUGUGUUUUCUGGAGCUGCUGGGCCUCGACAGCCUCAAGCUCAGGGUGGACCUUAAAGUUGCAAACAUGAUUUUCAGCUACAGAACUAGAAAUGAGGAAUCUCAUCACAGUCAGAUCAGAGACUCUUUGGUUGAAAAGUUAACAAAAUUGGCUGAUGGUGAAAAAGCAGCAGCAGCAGCAGUUCUUCCCUCCUUGGAAGAAGCCUUCUGGGAUGCAGUUGAGCAUCAGGGAAUAAAGAGGACAUGCAGUGAGUCCAGGAGGCAGUGGGCCCUGGUGAUGCAGUUCUGCAAACUGCACAGCCUCGGGCUGAGCACGUCCUACCUGCGGGAGUGCGCCCGGGCCAGCGACUGGCUGCAGUUCCUGCUGCAGAGCCACCUGCACGGCCACCAGCCUGGGGAGGUCAUUUCCAUCCUUCAGGAUUUCCCUCCCCCCUUACAAGAUCACCUGGUGCUGGCCCUGGGGAAGUUCCUGUGUCCUGAGGGCAGAGCUGUGGCCCCAGGCAGAGCUGCAGAGAGUCUGUUCCAGGUGCUGCUGCAGUGCCAGGGGAGCCCCAGCCCCUGCCAGCACCUCCUGGCUGCAGGGCUGAGGGCACAGGCCCCUGUGCUCAGUGUGCUGGCUGCCUGUGUCCCUGAUGCAGACAUCAUUCCCUGCCUCUGUGUUUGGAUCAUCACCUCUGUGGAUGUUGCCACCAGAGCUGAGGCAACAAAGCACAUCCAGAGCUCAGCAGAAAACCACCAGUGGGACCUGCAGGACCUCUCAGUUAUCUGGAAAGUCUUCUUAAGGAAGCAGAAAAGUAAAACACUUCUAAAUGGCUUCCAGCUGUUUUUGAAGGAUUCCCCUUUACUGCACAUCCUGGAGAUGUAUGAACUGUGUAUGAACUGGAAAAAGUACAAUGAAGCUAAAACCAAACUGGACAAGUUUCAGGAAAGUCUCUCAAAGCUCAAAACAGAAGAACCAGCAGCCCCCCAGUUCCCUGUGCCAUGGCUGGAGUCACAGGCACUGUUCCUUCUGGAGCUGAUGAUGCAGCAGUGCAGGACGGACCAUGAGCUGGGAAAGCUCCUGCAGCUCUUUGCUGCGGCAGAAAAUCUCCUCCUGGAUGGCCCUUACGUGAAGAAACUCUGUGCCCUCAGUGAGAGCCUGAAGGAUUCCUCCAUAUCCAUGAACCGCUCCAUCCUGGCGAGCUGCAGCCUGGAGACAUUCCAGAGGGAGUGCAGGGCCAUCCUGGAGCAGCUGCAGGAGAAGGGGAUGUUCUGCCUGGCCCGGGAGGUCGCGGCGCUGGCCGAGCUGCCGGUGGACAGCGUGGUCACACAGGAGGUUCUGAGAGAUCUGCAUCAUUUAAGAGAGGUUGGACAGUGGCAUCAAACCCAGACCAGAGCUGAGUUCUGGAAGAAGUGCAACGACACCUUCCUGAAACAUUCCAUCUCCAGCCAAGCCGCAGCCGGUUUUUUCCUCGAUCAGGCAAACUCGGUGUUGGAAUCCUCAGGGGAGGAGGGGGUACCCAGCAUUAUGGAGAGACACCUGCUGCUCACCCUGGCUGGCCACUGGCUGACCAAGGAUGCCUCGGUGUCCCUGCAGCAGCUGGAAGAAGUGGAGAAGCAGAUGUGGAUCUGUCGGAUCGCACGGGAAAUGUCCCAGGCCCAGGGCUUGGAGCAGUCCCCGUGUCCCUCUCCUGCCGUGGCCAGCAGGGACCUGUCCUUUGACAGCCUGGCCAGGGAGUUCUCCUUCUCCAGGCUGCCCGCUCUGAACUCUCCCCAGUCCCUGGAGCUGGGGGCGGUGGCUCUGGAGCCCCGGCAGGCCCCGGCUGGCGCGGAGGAGGCGGCGCUGUGGGGGCUGGUGGGGGCCCUGCUGGACGAGGGCAGCGUGCACGAGGCCAGCAGGGUCUGCAGGUACUUCCAGUGCUGCCACAGGGACCUGGCCCUGGUGCUGCACUGCAGGGCCCUGGCCUCGGGGCAGGCUGGGCUGGACGAGCUGCACCCCGACAUUCAGGCUCUGCUGGCGGAGCACAGACACAGCCCGAGCGCGGCCGAGGCACCCCGGGAGGGCAGAGCCCCAGGCUCCUCCAGCUUAGAAGACUGGACACACCUGGUGGCUGCCUGUCCAGCAGAUGAGGUGGUGGCCAGUCUGAAGGCUCUCACAGAGGAGUGUGUGCACGGCAGGAACUACUGCAGGCAGGUCCUGUGCCUGUAUGAGCUCUCCAAGGAACUGAGCUGCUCCUUCAGCGAGAUGUCGGCGCAGGCCCCCGAGCAGGUGCUGCGGGCCAUCCUGGCGGGGCGCGGGCCGGAGCGGGGCCGCAGGGCACAGGCCUUCAUCGCCUGCCAGGGGCUGCAGCCCGGGGCUGUGGCACAGCUGCUGGCAGAGCAGAUCACCCAGGAGCUGCUGGCACCCGCAGAGGGCAAAGGACAGAAGCAGGUUCUGAACCCUGCAGUGGAGAGCCAGGCAUUCCUGGAGCUUGCCAAGCUGUGCCAGGAUCACACCUUGGUUGGCAUGAAGUUACUGGAUAAAAUUGCCUCUGUCCCACGUGGGGAACUGUCAUGCAUUACAGAAUUGCUGAUCCUGGCCCACAAAUGCUUCAGUCUGACUUGUCACAUGGAAGGGAUCACCCGAGUCCUGCAGGCAGCACGGCUCCUCACCGACCAGCACCUGGCUCCUAAGGAGGAGUAUGGACUGGUGGUGCGGCUGCUGACGGGCAUCGGCCGGUACACGGAGAUGAGCUACAUCUUCGAGCUGCUGCACCACAGGCAGCACUUCGAGGUGCUCAUGAGGAAGAAACUGGACCCGAGUGGGACGCUGAAGACGGCGCUGCUCGAGUACAUCAAGCGCUGCCGGCCCGGGGACAGCGAGAAGCACAACAUGAUCGCGCUGUGCUUCAGCAUGUGCAGGGAGAUCGGGGAGAACCACGAGGCCGCCGCCCGCACCCAGCUCAAACUCAUCGAGUCCCGGCCCUGGGAGGAGUCUCUCCAGGAUGUUGCAAAUUUAAAGAAGCUGCUGCUGAAAGCUCUGACUCUCUUCAUUGAUGCAGCAGAAAGUUACUCCAAGGACUCGUGUGUGCGGCAGUCCCUGCGCUGCCGCCGCCUCACCAGGCUCAUCACGCUGCAGCUGCACUUCCUGGGCUCGGGGCAGAGCACCAGGAUCAUCAACCUGGGCAGGCAGGACCUGAUGGACACCAUCCUGGCCCUGCCCAGGUUCUACCAGGCAGCCAUCGUGGCCGAGGCCUACGAGUUCCUCCCAGACUGGGCUGAGGUUCUGCACCGGCAGGUGAUCACCAAGGGAGACUUCACCUACCUGGAGGAGUUCAAGCAGCAGAGGCCACUGAGGCCCAGCCUGUUCGAGGAGGUGGCCAAGAAGGUCCAACAACACCCCCCUGCUGAUGCUGCUCUGAAGAACCUGAAGCGGUUCCUCGCCCACUGUGAGGACAUUUACACCUACUACAGGCUGGCCUAUGACCACAAGUUCUAUGAUGUGGUGAAUUCCCUGCUGAAGGACCCUCAGACAGGCUGCUGCCUCAAUGACCUGUUAUCCAACUGAAUUCCAGCCCUGGAGCACAGCCCAGCUGCAACACUUCCUGCAGGGUCAGUGCUGAUCACAGAUGUUAUCAGUGACCUGCUCCCAGGGCUCUGCUGCUGAGAGAAAGUUACUCCAGAAAUCUGGUGGUGGUUGUAAAUAUUUUAAAUGCUGAGACUGUGUUAACCUAAAAUUGUAUUUGUAUAAUAAUAAAUCUUAUUGUUUAUAAAUGA